AUGUUCGUGCUCUUCAGUACUGGUCUGGUAAUCGCCUUCUUCAUCUACGAUGCUUCCACAUACGCCAACAAUCCACUCGUCGAGGAUGUCCCAGUUUCAGAAAUGGCAUUGAAUCCGAGACGGGGGGGGCCAAAGAACCUUCCGAUUGCGGAUGUUUUGGUUGAUGAUAAAGAUUCGCAACAUAUGGAGGCUCAGAAGGAUAAACCGAAACUUGUUAUUUUAGGGACCGGCUGGGGCAGUGUAGCUUUGCUUAAAUCACUGAACCCUGGGGACUACCAUGUAACCGUGGUCUCUCCUGUCAACUACUUUCUUUUUACCCCGAUGCUUCCGUCGGCGACCGUGGGCACGCUAGGACUUCGCUCUCUGGUGGAACCUAUCCGUUUAAUUGUGCAGCGCGUUCGCGGUCAUUUUCUGCGAGCUGAGGCGGUGGACUUGGAUUUUGCGGAGAAGCUUGUUGAAGUGUCCCAGGUGGAUUGCAACGGCAUAAAGCAAAACUUUUACCUUCCUUAUGAUAAGCUUGUUAUCGGAGUUGGAUCGACUACAAACCCGCACGGCGUAAAAGGCCUGGAACACUGCAAUUUCUUGAAAUCAGUGGACGAUGCGCGCCAGAUAAAGAACAAGGUCCUCCAGAAUUUGGAGGUUGCCUGCCUACCAACUACUACCGAUGUGGAAAGAAAGCGACUUCUAUCUUUUGUCGUUUGCGGCGGUGGCCCAACCGGCGUUGAAUUUGCCGCAGAGCUAUUUGAUAUGUUGAACGAGGAUCUAUUCAGAUCGUUUCCCAAAAUACUACGAAAUGAGAUCUCUGUACAUUUGAUCCAGAGCAGGAGCCAUAUCUUGAACACAUAUGACGAAACUGUUUCGCUCUAUGCAGAGCAACGAUUUGCUCAUGACCAAGUCGAGGUUUUGACUAAUUCGAGGGUGAAAGAGGUACGGUCAGACAAAAUCCUCUUUACGCAAAUAGAAAAUGGCAAUUCGGUAGUGAAAGAGAUCCCUAUGGGAUUUUGUUUAUGGUCAACUGGUGUUUUAAGUUUCCUACGAACUAUCGCAUGGGAAAAGGGCCGUGACCCCGAGAAAGUCCACCUUACCUUCAAGGAAUGGCGUAACGUGGCCAUGCGCGUGAAGAAGAGGUUUCCCCAGGCCACAACCCACCUCAAAAGGGUUGAUCGACUAUUUGAACAGUACGACAAGGACCGCAGUGGCACCCUCGACUUUGAAGAACUACAUGAGCUUCUCUCGCAGAUCGACACCAAACUAACAUCCCUCCCCGCCACCGCUCAGCGAGCGAAUCAACAGGGCCAGUAUCUCGGUCGGAAGUUCAAUAAAAUGGCAGCCGCAUCGCCGGACCUCAAAGCCAAUGAAAUAGAUUACGCAGUUUUGGAUGAAACGGUUUACAACGCUUUUGAGUACAAGCAUCUCGGAAGUCUGGCGUAUAUCGGUAACGCAGCGGUUUUCGAUAUCAAUGGCUUGAGUUGGGGCGGGGGAUUGCUGGCAGUGUAUUUGUGGCGCAGUAUUUAUUUCGCACAAAGCGUGAGUCUGCGGACGAGAGUCAUGCUGGCGAUGGAUUGGGCGAAGAGAGCGUUGUUUGGAAGGGAUAUGAUGAAUUUUUAA